AUGCCCGUGGGGUUGACUGAUAGUUUACGUCAACAGCUUCUUAAUGAAGUAGCACACAGUGAGCAACAACAUAGGUGGUUGGCAGUCGAACACACGCUUUUCUUGUUUGCAAUGAUGCUUUUGUAUUCGCUCGUAUUAUUUUUCUUGCUCGAGGGUGCUUGUGGAGAGGUCAUACCAGUAAAUCAAGAGGAGUGUAUUCGUGUAAACAACGUUCUCAGAAACCUACACAACGGCACCAAACCAGUAACAUGGAGUAGCACAUUGGCAACACACGCGCAAGAAUGGGCUAACCACCUUGCGUUGGUCGGAAAUAUGCAGCAUGCUAAAAAUAUAAACGAAGGAGAAAAUCUUUACUGGACUUCUGGGACGGGUACAUGUGCUGAUGCAACGUUGAGUUGGUAUGAAGAAUAUAAGGACUACGACUAUAGCACUACAAAAUCCACAGGCGGAGCAAUUGGUCAUUUCACACAAGUAGUGUGGAAACCUACAACCCAUAUUGGCGUUGGGAUUGCUAAGAGUAGCAGUGGCACAUAUAUAGUGGCGCGAUAUUCUCCUCAAGGAAAUUUUGUUAUGAUGAAUUAUGGGGAAGACUAUACUACUGCUAGAAUACGUGUUUACACCGAUGAAGUUGCACAAAGAAAAGACGGAGCAAAAACUCCUUCAAUCUACGAAUUGAUACCUUCCCGAUGUGUUGAUGGUUUGGAUGGACGUUGCGUUGACUACAAGAGCUAUUUCACUUGUGAUCACAGCUACGUUAAGCUUCACUGUCCAUUACUCUGCAAACAGUGCUCAGUUGCUUCUGGAUAAAAAAUUACCAAUGCAAUUUUGCAGAAAAAGGAACUGUUUUACUUCUGAUCGCAGCUAUGUCUGCCAUUACAAUUUGGUGAAAUAGGCUUUGUAUUUUUCUUGUGUGGUAAUGGUUUGUAAUUUUUAUAUAGUACAACUUUUAGUAUAUACUUUUAUGUUUAAUGCGAACGAGUAAAGAAUCUUA